CGUGAGGGCUGAAAAGGUCGCGAAUGAGGCGAUGGUUAUCGACUAUCUUCGUGAACAAACCACCAUCCCCGUCCCUCGUGUGCUCUCCUGGGGUUUUGCUGAAGAGAGCCCACAGCAACUCGGGCCUUUCAUCAUUAUGGAUUUCGCCGAAGGGGAUUGUCUGGCUAGUCUUCUAAAGCAACCGACAGAGAAUGACGAGCAGGAUAUAAUCCUCGACCCAGAAAUCGACGAAGCAAAGCUCCAAUUGGUCUAUAACUAAAUUGCCGACUACAUGCUUCAGCUUUCUCAGCUUACAUUCCCUCGUAUUGGAGCCAUCUCUAAGCACUCUAAGUCAGGCGGAUGGGCUGUUAGUGGCAGGCCUCUCACAUACAACAUGAACGAGCUGGUGACAGUUGCAGGCUACCCUGUUGAUGCAUUCCCAACUACACCAUUUGACUGCGCAAGCGACUCUUUUACGGCAAUUGCAAACGAGCACUUGACGCAUCUCGAGACCCAUCGAAAUGUUGCUACCUCUAAGACAGACGCCCAAUGGCGGUUCAGCGCCCGCUGCUUCUUCAAAAAGCUGAAUCCAAAGCACUGUGUCGAUAAUACCAGCUUAUUCAUGCUCUUCUGCGACGAUUUGCGGCUCUCCAACAUGCUUGCUGAUCCUGAGACGCUCCGCAUUACUGCUGUGAUCGACUUUGAGUUCACAAACGCAAUGCCAGCCCAGUUUGCACAAGAUCCGCCCUGGUGGCUGUUGUUGGCACCAUCAAGUGACUGGUUUGAGGGCAACAAACAGGACGAGUUUAUGGAGCUCUUUGUGCCUAGGAUGGAGCAGUUCAUUCAGGCAGUAGAGUGGGCAGAGGAGAGAUCGCCAUCAUCCAAUGAUCCACGUCUCUCAGCCCAGAUGCGUGAUUCGUGGGCUACGGGGCGUUUUUGGUUUAACUACGCCUCGAGAAAUAGCCUGGAUCUCGACUUCAUCUACCAUAGGGCACUGCAUCCAUACGUUUCUGGCCAGGUGGAAUUAGACAAGGAGCUGCGUGCCGACAUGGCAGAAUUCGCGAAGAGGAAAAUGGAGCAUCUGGCCGAGUACAGGGAGGAGAAGAGGAAGAAUGAUGCCCGGUCCGAGAAGUGAGAGUCAGGAGCGAAGCGAUACAGAGCAACUCACGAACACUUAGUUAUUAAACCACAGUGGACGAUACCACCUAGAUUAACACUGCACUGGAGACUGCCCUUACAUGUUGCAUGGGAGCCUGCCACCUAUUUCCCUCUCUCUUCCAGGUCCUCGUCCCCAGGAACUGCGACGCCUCUGCAGCUCGAUAUCCGCUCCUAAGAGUCCUUAACUGGCAAGAGUUGCUGAGACUCUAGUGUCAAAAUGCAAACCCCAAGUUAUGUAGCUAGGGAGAUCGGCAAAUAGCGGAGCUCAAGGGCGGAUGCCGCCACAGAAAUCUAACAUGAAAGAACGAAACGGAGUGUAAGGUACC